AUGAGCACAAGUUUUGAAUCUUUUGAAUCGUCUGAAGAUGUCUCAAGUACAAGUAGUGAAGAACAGGUUGUCAGAAGAAGAGGUAGACCAAAAAAAUGGGAGGUUCAAACUGUAAGGAAUAUUCAUAGACCCAACAAUGUCUUAUAUGAUGCACCACUUGGUCAUCAUUAUGUUCAGCCACAAGGUAAUAGAAUUUUACAUGUUAAUCCACUUGUUCAACGAGGCUUUCACACUAGUUUUAAUAUUCAACCAUCGCAUAUGAACUUUCAAAGUAUGCCGCAGAUGAAUUUUUAUCAAAAUCCACCGCCACAAGCUACUUUCAACGCACAGCCGAAAUAUUCGUAUGUUAAACCAGUGCAACAGCCGUUGUAUAAAUCAAGAAAGGAAGAAAGGUCGACGUAUGUACCAGAGAAGCGGCAGAAGAGAGCAGCUGCGGCUACUGCAGUAGCCUCAGAAAGGCGAGAUAUAAUGAAUGAUGAUGAUUUUGAACCUACAAUUGAAUAUGAAGAAGAAGAUGCUAUCGAGAAGUUACUUAAAUACGAUGAAGAAACAGAUUCAUUUUUGGUUAAAUUUAGAUACUUAAGUUAUUUACACUGUGAUUAUGUUAAGAAAUCGGAAAUUACAAAAACGAAAGGAGGAGCAAUAAAAGUUAAAAGAUUUAGACCACUUGUUGAACCAUUUGAUCCUGAUUAUAUUAAAGUAGAUCGAAUUAUACAUGAGGAUUUUAGGAAUGGAAAAGUAUAUUUAGUUAAAUGGAAAAAAUUAGCUUACGAAUUAAGUACAGAAGAAAAAAUAGAUGACGUGUGUAAAUGUGAAGGAUUUGAAGAAGAGUUAAAAAAAUAUCGCGAUAGGAAAAAGAUACGUGUAAUGAGGCAUGGGCUCGAAUGGCGACCUCCGAGGGAAUUGCAAAUUAAGUUUGAAGAAUCUCCUGUAUUUAAAGGUGAUAAUAAAUUAAGGGAGUAUCAACUUGAAGGUUUAAAUUGGCUACUUAACAGGUGGUAUCAUAAAAUAAGUUGUAUUAUGGCUGAUGAAAUGGGUUUAGGAAAAACAGUACAAUCCGUUGUGUUUGUAAAUAGUUUAUUUACUAAAUUUAAUUACAAUGGACCAGUUUUAAUUGUUGCACCUUUAAGUACUCUUGUUCAUUGGGAAAGAGAGUUUUUUGCUUGGACUGAUUUACGAGUUUUAAUUUAUCAUGGAAGUAUACAAGGUAGAAAUAUGAUCGCAGAAUAUGAAUUUUACUUAAAAAGUGCUACUAAUAAGGUUGGGUUGUUUGAUGUAAUGAUUACUACAUACGAAAUGAUUAUGGCAGGAUUUGAUCAUAUUUCGCAGUUUAAUUGGGCUGUUGGUAUUUUUGAUGAAGCGCACAGAUUAAAAAAUGCAUCUUCAAAAGCUGCUUCUACUCUUAGAAAUGUUAAUUUUAGUCACAAAGUUUUACUAAGUGGUACGCCUUUACAAAAUAAUAUAACUGAAUUGUGGUCAUUAUUAAAUUUUAUUUCUCCAUCAGAAUUUAAUGACAGUGCAAAAUUUUUAUCAGAUUACAAAUUAGAACAGGCUGCUGAUGUUGAAAAAUUACAAGGACUUUUAAGACCUUUGAUGUUGCGUAGAAUGAAAGAAGAUGUAGAAAAAACAAUACCGAUGAAAGAAGAAACUAUUAUAGAGGUUGAACUUACAAUGAUACAAAAAAGAUAUUAUAGAGCGAUAUUGGAGAAAAAUUUAGAUUUUUUAACUAAAGGUCAUAAAGAUUCAGCACCUAAUUUAUUAAAUGCUAUGAUGGAAUUAAGAAAAUGUUGUAUACAUCCUUAUUUAAUUAAAGGAGCUGAGGAAAAAAUUAUUGGUGAUUUUGUUAAGAGAAAGAAAAAAGAAGCUGUAGAUGCACCCGUUGUAGAAACGGGAGACUUUUCUGAACUUUCUUUUCCUUCAAAUAUUAAUGCGCAAAAGAUUGUUAUUGCGAAUAACAUUGUUACUGAUAUUGACGAAUAUUAUAAAAUUUUAAUUCAGAGUAGCGGAAAACUUGUUUUAUUGGAUAAGCUUCUUAAUAAGUUAUAUGGACAUCACAAGGUACUAAUUUUUUCUCAAAUGACUAAAUGUCUCGAUUUACUUGGUGAAUAUCUUGCUUAUAAAAAAUAUAAAUUUGAAAGAAUUGACGGCGGAGUUAGAGGAGAUCACAGACAAGCUGCUAUUGAUAGAUUUAGUGACGCAAAUAGUGAUGGAUUUGUAUUUUUAUUGUGUACACGAGCAGGAGGUGUUGGAAUAAAUCUAACAGCAGCAGAUACUGUUAUUAUAUUUGAUUCUGAUUGGAAUCCACAAAAUGAUCUUCAAGCUCAGGCUAGAUGUCAUCGUAUUGGACAGACAAACGAAGUUAAAAUUUAUAGAUUGGUUACAAGAAAUACAUAUGAAAGAGAAAUGUUUGAUAAAGCUGGAAUGAAAUUGGGACUGGAUAGGGCUGUACUACAAAAAAUGACUUUUGAAGGUCAUAAAAAUGAGAAGGUAAAAAAGAAGGAUGCCAUUGAAAUGUUAUUACGAAAAGGUGCGUAUGGUGUACUUAUGGAAACAGAUGAAGCCAGUAAAAAGUUCUGUGAGGAAGAUAUUGAUCAAAUUUUAGAAAGAAGAACUAAAGUUAUAAAACAUUCAGAUGGAGGAAAUGUAUUCUCAAAAGCUUCAUUUCAGGUCGAUGAAGAAAUAGACGAUCCCGACUUUUGGGAUAAUUUACUUAACAAAAAACGCAACGAAGAAAAUGAGGGAAGAGUUAAGAGACAAAUGCGGAGACUUGCUAGAGAUGAAAUUUUUACCGAAGAUCAACAAUUAGAAAUUAGUAAGCACAUUAAUUUACCUGUUCUUGGCGAUAAUGAGAUAGAAAAUAACGAAAAUCAAAUUCUUAAAAUCUUUUUUACUUGUCUAAGAGAUGGAAUUACUCCAUUAGGACUUUCAUUUAGUGGAUCUAAAUUAGUAGAAAAAGGUGAGGAACCUUCUGUUGUAAAAGACGUUUUACUAUAUUUUAAAUAUUUAAUAAAAUAUUUGAUUGACCAGUUACCGAACCAAAAGAUUAGAGCAGAUUUUUCGCAUUGUUUUGAACAAGUUUUAGAUGAAAAUUACGAUCCCAGCUUUUUCGAAAAAUAUAAAGAUUUGUACAAUAAAUUCGGCGAAAAAUGUUUGUUGAGAAUUCAGUUAUUAUUUAUUUUGAAUUCGCUUUUACAAACGGAAUCGUUAAAUGUUGAAAAAACUAGAGGAUGGAAUCAAGAAGAUGAUAAAAAGCUUAUUGAUUUAGUAUUUAAAUAUGGAUAUGGAAAUUAUCCUGAAAAGAUUAAAAAUAAGUCAGAUGAUGAGUGUAAUCAAAGACUUAGAAAAAUAGUAUCUACGCUUAACAGAAUGAAAGAAAUGGCAGAGAUUGACAGUAUUAAUUAUAAGGCGAUAAUGAAAUUUGGACGAGUGACAGAGUUAAAUGAAGAUAAUGUAUUAAAAUUUAUUGGUGAUAGAGAUAUUACUGCUCUUAAAGAGAACAUUAAUAAUAUAUUAAAUACAUCUAAAAGAUCUAGAUCGCAAAAUGAUGCAAAAUGUUAUGAAAGAAUUUUACUUCUCGAUAAAUUAGCAGAAGUGAAUGAUUUUUUCAAUGUACGAAAAAGUAACGUGCCCCGAGGAUGGACGAAUGAAAAAGAUAUUGCAUUAAGAGAGUAUAUUUUAGAAAAAGGACUGACUAACACUGAGGAAGAAUUCGGCUUAUCUGAAGAUAUGGCUGUAAAAAGAUGUGAAUCUAUUAUUAAAAGCGUAAAAGAAAAAUCUGUAGAAGAAUAA